CUCUUGUAAGUCCAUGGCCGUGGGUGAUUCCGUGUCAGAAGACAUGGCGUGGAGCCUCGUGUGGGGUGUGGGCGGGCUGCUGCUUCUGGUGUGGGCGCUGAGGACGCUGAACCGGGCGUGGUGGACGCCGAGGCGGCUGGAGCGCGCGCUCCGGGCGCAGGGGCUCAACGGCACCCCCUACCGCUUCCCCAAAGGCGAUCUCAAGGAGAACGUGCGGCUCGACAAAGAGGCGCUCUCCACGCCCAUGCCUCUCACCCACAACAUCGUCCCUCGCGUCCUCCCUUUUCUCCGUCGCGCCAUCGACGAGUACGGCAAGAUAUGCUUCACUUGGUUUGGACCAGUACCCCGAGUGACGAUUAUGGAUCCCGAGUUGGUGAGGGAGGUUCUUUCCAACAAGUUCGGCCACUUUGGUAAGCCCAAAGGAAUCCUCCUCGGAAGGUUUCUCUUUAGAGGACUUGUUUCGUACGAAGGCGAAAAGUGGGUGAAACAUAGGAGGAUUAUGAAUCCUGCUUUCCAUGUUGAGAAGUUGAAGCGAAUGUUGCCAGCAUUCUGUGCUUGCUGUAGUGAUCUGAUGAGCAGGUGGGAGAACCUGGUUGGCUCCGAGGCAUGUUACGAGUUGGAUGUUUGGCCUGAGUUCCAAAGCUUCACCGGAGAUGUCAUUUCACGAACAGCUUUUGGUAGCAGUUACGAAGAAGGAAGACGAAUUUUCCAACUCCAAACCGAGCAGGCUGAACUCGUUAUCCAGUCUAUCCAAAAUCUAUACAUCCCAGGUUACAUGUUUCUUCCGACCCCUAAGAACAAGAGAAUAAAAGCAGUCAAUAGAGAGGUCCGAGCACUUCUUCGAGGCAUAAUAAAGAAGAGGGAACAUGCUAUAAAAUUGGGUCAAGCAAGCAAUGAUGACCUGUUAGGCUUAUUGAUGGAGUCCAAUUUAGAGCACUACCAAGAACAUGGGAACAAGAAUGCUGGGAUGACUACAGAGGAUGUGAUUGAGGAAUGCAAGCUGUUCUACUUUGCAGGGCAAGAAACAACAAUGUCCAACACUCAACAAGCUUGCCGACAACCACAACCAGCACAAGUCGGACAGCCACAGAUUGUUCACAGUUUGCAGACAGUGCCUGCUAAAGUUGGAGAACAAUCUGAACCUGGUUGA